CGAUGACUUCACUCGCAUAAACAGACAGCGGGGCUAGUCUAGCCGGUUCGGGAGAUUUCUCUUAACACGUUUUACACUUAGGCACAACUCACAUUCAAAUCAAAUUACAUCGCCAUGCCGAGAAUACUCCUGACAGGAGCUACCGGAUACGUGGGUGGAGAACUCCUACACAUCUUGACAAACUCCAACAUCAGUAGCCUGUACAUUGCCUGCCUAGUGAGAGAUUCUGCAAAGGCAGGGCAAGUGCAGGCAGCGUAUCCAGCCAUCCAGACUAUCCUAGGUGAUCUCGACGACGUCGACCUGGUGAGACGCGAAGCAGAAGGCGCAGACAUUGUGCUACACUUCGCGUCUACAAACCACAUCCCCAGUGCGCAAGCCAUAGCCCAGGGUCUGCAGGCACGGCAAAAAGCAACACAAAAGCCUGGGUAUUGGAUACAAAUCUCUGGCGCCACUCUCUUUGCUACGGACGAAAUUGCGUCUGGACGCUUCGGCUUCGCGACGGACACCACCUACGACGAUGUUAAGGAUUGUGAACAGGUGCUUGACAUCAUCCGGAGUAACCCCAAGCGCGUAGUCGAGAACACAGUGCUCUCGCAAACAUCUGAAACAGUAAGGACGGGGUUGAUAAUAGCCCCUCUCAUCUAUGGUCAUGGAAAAGGUCCAGUCAAUCAGCGCAGCAUCCAAGCGCCCGAGAUCACGAAAAGUACACUGCAGCGAGGUCGGGGCUUCAAGUUGAACGACGGCGAAAACAUCUGGAGCAAUGUCCAUGUGUCAGAUCUAGCCAAUCUUGUCUGUUUGCUCGUCUCAGCAGCUACAGAGGGUAGGGAAGGGUUGUGGAACAAGGAUGGAGUUUACAAUAUGGAGAAUGGAGAGAUGAGCUUCAAAGAACUGGGUACAUUGAUUGCAAAAGAAGCGCACAAACAAGAUUUAAUUGCGAAGUCGGACCUGGAGACCAUUGACGCUGGAGAGGCUGAUUCGCUGAGCGGACACGCAUCGAUUCUUUGGGGCACCAAUGCGCGCACGAAAGCUUCAAAGGCACGAGAAGAGCUUGGGUGGACUCCAAACGGGGAACCUUUGGCCAGUACAAUACCAAAUAUGGUUCGCAGUGAGUCGAAAGGGCUCAAAAGCAAAUGAAAAGACGAGAAUACAGAGAAACUAAGUAAUAUGAAUAACGAGUAGGAUCU